ACAGAUAAAAAAUACAAAUUAGUAAUUACAUUAUCUUGCACAUUUUUAUGUUAUUACUAUUGUUCAUCAUUUUCUUAUUGUAAUUUUCGCGAAGAAGUAAUUGUGUAAUGUGCUUGAUUAACGAAUUAUCAAAAACCAUACAUUAAGAAAACUUAAACUUCCGGCUGGUUACAAAAGCUGGCGAAUUAGCUGCUCAAAUGGAAUACUGUCCACCGAACGUAACUUUGGGGGAGAUAUGGAUAGACCACGGGAUAUCACAAUGUUUUAUGGAGACAGCUUCAGCCGCUAUAAUUGGUGGAUUUUUGAUAGUUUGUGGACUUAUGCAGAUUGUUAUGUAUAAAAGAUAUGCAACAGAAGUGGUAGAUGUUAGGUCAUCAAAUCUAUUCAUGGUGCAGUUGUUUUUUACACUGUUUGUACCUGUAUUGGCUGUUGUAAGGUUCCUAUUGCAGGCCUUUGUAUUUAAAGGAGGACACAUCUAUGGGUAUAUGAUAUUAGCCUUAGUGGUGAACAUUAUUGUGUUUCCGCUGUCAGCUUAUUUGGCUGUGAUCGAAAGGAGGUUUUUGUUACCGUCGGUACCUCCGAGAGGACAUGGCUUUGUGCUACUAGUGUUCUGGGCGUUGAUCUUCAUUUCCGAGAACUUAUCAUUCUUAAAUCUCAAUAAGGAAGGAUGGUGGUGGCAUUUGAAGAAUCUUCAAGAUCGACUGGAAAUGUCUCUAUUCGUGGGACGAUACGUUUCCUGCAUGAUAAUGUUUAUACUGGGCAUGAAGGCACCUGGUAUUGUACACCAGUUCGAAUACCUUCUGCCUGAUGACGGAAAUCGCAGGAACGUUCCACCGAGGGAUGAAAACAGAUCAACGUUCCGGAAUGUAUUCGUCAAGCUUCGUACCCUCUUGCCGUUCCUCUGGCCGAAGAAGAGUCUUUGUCUGCAAAUUUACGUAUUCAUUUGCAUCCUAGCACUGAUCGUUGGACGUGCCAUUAAUUUAUACGUGCCUAUUUAUAACAAGAAGAUUGUUGACAGUUUGUCAAUACCGCCAUUACUCUUCCGAUGGGACCUAGUCGUAAUCUACGUAUUCCUCAAAUUCUUGCAAGGCGGCGGGACGGGCGGAAUGGGACUGUUGAACAAUCUACGCUCAUUCCUAUGGAUCAGAGUACAACAAUAUACUACGAGAGAGUUACAGCUAGAGCUAUUCCGGCAUUUGCACGACUUGCCUCUCAAAUGGCAUCUAUCGCGGAAGACGGGAGAAGUUCUACGCGUUAUGGAUCGCGGCACGGAUUCCAUAGACAAUUUGCUGUCAUACAUACUGUUCUCUAUUACACCAACGAUUAUAGACAUACUAGUCGCGGUGGUAUACUUUGUUACCGCAUUCAAUGUUUGGUUCGGGCUCAUCGUAUUCUCAACAAUGAUUCUUUAUAUAAUCGCCACAAUAGCAGUGACGGAAUGGCGUACCAAAUUCCAGCGUAGAAUGAAUCUUGCCGACAACGAGCAGAAAGCGCGCUCGGUAGAUUCGCUCCUCAACUAUGAAACUGUUAAAUACUACGGUGCUGAGAACUACGAAGUUGUUGCGUACAAAGGCGCCAUUUUGAAUUAUCAGAAAGAAGAAUUUAAGUCGCUCAUAACUCUGAACAUGCUUAAUACAAUGCAGAAUAUUAUCAUUUGUGGCGGGCUCUUGGCGGGAUCUAUUCUGGCGAUUUCUAUGGUCGUCCGAACAUACGAGUUAACUGUUGGAGAUUACGUUCUGUUUGCAUCCUACAUCGUACAGCUGUAUGUGCCACUGAACUGGUUUGGCACGUAUUAUAGGGCUAUACAAAAGAAUUUCGUAGACAUGGAGAAUAUGUUCGACUUAAUGCGGGUGGACUCUGACGUAUGUGACGCGGCGGGCGCGCCUGAUCUGUUGGUGCGUCGCGGCGGCAUCGAAUUCAAACAUGUAUCGUUCGGCUACGGACCUGAGAGACUCGUACUUAACAACGUCAGCUUCAGGGUCGCUCCAGGCUCCACUGUGGCCUUGGUUGGUCCCAGCGGUGCAGGCAAAUCCACUGUGAUGAGACUGUUGUUCCGAUUCUACGAUGUGAACGAGGGUGCUGUUUUGGUGGAUGGGCAGGAUGUGCGUACCGUAACGCAAGCAUCGCUGCGCGCCAAUAUCGGUGUCGUACCGCAGGAUACCGUGUUGUUUAAUAACACUGUCAGAUAUAACAUACAAUAUGGUAGACAGAAUGCCACUUCAGCAGACAUCAUCGCAGCGGCUAAGAACGCGGACAUCCACGACCGAAUAUUAACAUUCCCAGAUGCGUAUGAUACUCAGGUCGGCGAAAGAGGUCUCCGUUUGAGUGGCGGCGAAAAGCAGAGGAUAGCGAUAGCGCGAACCUUACUCAAAGAUCCCGCCAUAGUUCUGCUGGACGAAGCCACGUCUGCACUCGAUACUAACACUGAAAGAAAUAUACAGGCGGCAUUAGCGCGUGUGUGUGCAAAUAGGACUACCUUGAUAAUAGCGCAUAGAUUGUCGACAAUCAUACACGCUGAUGAAAUCCUAGUGCUCAAGGACGGGGAAAUCAUCGAGAGAGGAAACCACGAAGACUUACUAGCGCAAGACGGAUUCUACGCAUCAAUGUGGAAACAACAGUUAGAGAAUAGAAAUAGUACAAACAACGAAACUAACGCCGAAGGCAACAACAAUAACAACAACGCCAGCAGAGCGCCGAGCCAACAGAACGGUAUUAGUGGAUAUGGGCACGGCCACGGUCAUGGCCAUGGCCACUAAUUUAGUCCUAAUAUAAAUAAUAGUUUAUGGUACAACAAAACACACAGUAUAGUUGAUUCAAUACAGUCGUGCGAACUGGGUCAUAAAUCAUUUUUAUCGCACUUUCAUGAUGUUCAUGAUGAUCUAGUGUUGGAACAUGAUGUUUUGGUGUUGUGUGUAACAGUAAAAAAGGGAUUUGUCGAUAGUCGAUAAUAGGUUAUAAACAUUACAAAAUGAACUAGCAGCUAUUGCGUCCGAACGGCAUCCCUUUAUAAAUAACGACUACUGCGGAAUUCUCACAACCCUAUGAUCGUAAUGAUUGAUCGUAAUGAUUUAUCACUCAGUUCGCACGUUCAUAAUGGCUCAACUAUAGGUGAGU